CCAAUUUAAUUGGUCGAGAGGAGACGAGAGAGCGAGCGAGUAGGGUUUUUGGAAGCGCUCUCCUCGCGGACGCGAUGUGGAUCUUCUCCAGGUGAACGCGCGUGCCUCUCCCCCUCCCCCCUCGCAUCCGCCUUGGAUCUCCGGCGGCGGCGGCGAUGGAGGAGUAGAAUCCGAAGAUCAGGGGCCGGAUCGCGGCUGUGAUGCAUGGCUUUUCGCCAAGGCAGCGGCGCCCCGAUGGUGAACGGGGAUCACAAGUCCAAUGCGCCUGCCAGAUCGUCGGCCCGGGGCCACGACAGUGAUGUGGAAAGCAAUGGUAGCAGGGGCCGGGUAAAGAAGGCGCCACGCAAGGGCAGGCAGUGCUCCGCGGGUCUCUACUUGGCGAUUUUGCUGGGAGUGGUGGGAUUCACGCUGCUGGGGAGUGAUUUCAUCGGGCGGGCUUUGGUCGUUGUUCCUGGGGACUUGGGGACUAAGGACGAUUUUUUCAAUCACCCGGAUACUUUUGCAGAGAUCCGGAAGCACGGUCUCAAGCACCAUCGAGUAACUAGAGGACAAACACGGAAAGUCGAGCCCGGGUUACACUUUGGUCAAGCUAUUCGUGGUCGAGAAGGCGACAGGGACUCCAGGGACUGGGAUACCGAUGACAGGAACAGGGAUAUAGAAGGGAGCUUUGAGGAAGAGUAUGCGAGGCUUCAAAAGGAGCUGCAGCGGAACCAAGUGCAGGAAAAUCAGGCCGAGCUUAAUGACAAGAUUCUUUCAAGUAACAGUUCCGGGUCGGCUGCGGAGGACAGCUUUUCGAAAGUUCCGGGUUUAUCGUAUGAAAGAGGGCGGAAAGAGCUUAGGAAAUACGAGAAGCAGUACGAGGACGAUCUCCUUCGAGAAUCGAAUGCAACAGAGGCUGAUAGGGAUUUUGACGACAUGGAAGAUGAAUACGAAGAAAGUGAGGCAAUGGUCGUAAGGCGGGCAGGGAAAAGUAUGCCAGCAGUUCAAGAAACCGUAACAUCAGAACAGAAGCAUUUAAGGCCACCCCGAAAGCACCGAGGAGCAUGCGAGAUAAACUUUGCAAACUUGAGCAACGUCCAUGAACCAGACAACAGCUUAAAAUUCGCUCGCUUCGAUCUGAAGUAUGUUUCGAAGGAAGAAAUGCCGCUUAACGACAGCUCUUGGACACCAAGAUUUGCCGGUCAUCAAACCUUAGAAGAAAGGGAGGACUCGUUCCGUGUGGCGAACAAGACUAUACACUGUGGUUUCGUCCGAGGGCCCGAUCCAUCCGAGAGCGCUGGUUUUGACCUCAGUGAUAAGGAUACAGAGUACUUGGCGGGUUGUCGGGUUGCCGUGUCAUCCUGCAUCUUUGGCAAAUCUGAUAAGCUCCAUUCGCCUAGAAAACGAAAGGUCUCUAGCCCGUUGAAGAAAGAAGUAUGUUUUGUUUUGUUCGUGGAUCAAUUAAGCCUGGAUGUGAUGCUUGAAGAAGGUCAAGUUCCUGAUGAGAACGGAUUCGUUGGCAUCUGGCGGGUAGUACUAGUUUCAAAUCUGCCGUAUGCAGAUUUUCGUCGGGUUGGAAAAAUUCCCAAGCUUCUUUCGCAUCGCCUAUUUCCAUUCGCGAGAUAUUCCAUUUGGCUGGACAGCAAGCUAAGGCUACAGGUCAAUCCGUUGUCUAUUCUGGAAUACUUUCUCUGGCGUGGAAAUCACGAGUAUACAAUCUCAAACCACUAUGAUCGUCACUGUGUCUGGGACGAAGUACAGCAGAACAAGAGGCUCAACAAGUUCAAUCACUCCUUGAUCGACGAGCAGUUUCUAUUCUAUCAACAGGACGGCCUCACGAGAUUCAAUGCUUCAGAUCCCAAGCGCCUCCUACCAAGCAACGUUCCAGAGGGCUCGAUAAUCGUUCGUUCACACACGCCAAUGUCCAACCUUUUUUCCUGCCUGUGGUUCAACGAGGUAGACCGUUUCACCCCGAGAGAUCAGCUCAGCUUCGCGUAUACUUACAUGAAGUUGGUUCGCACAAACAUUGGCACUCGCUUCCGAUUUGCGAUGUUCAAGGACUGCGAACGAAAGACGAUAGCGAAGCUAUAUCGUCAUAGACAAGACGACAGGGCCAGUGUACAGUAGAUAAAAGGAGAAACGCAGAGAGACAGAUUUUUAAAGUCCCCAACAUUAAUAGGCUGGACUGUGCCAAACGCAAUGCGCUGAGCUGCGAUGAUCGACCACCUCUUUCCAAUGCGGCAUUGAAAAAACUGGCCAAAAGUUCUUCGUUGGGACAUACAUCACUAGAGUGUAGCGUUUGAUAAAAGAGAUGGAGAGAAUUUUUUUUUCCCAGUAAUAAAAACGGGAGUAAACGUGUACGUA